AUGGCCAUCUCACCCGUCCCACCACCCCCACCAUCCACCCUCCCAGUGCCCGUCAGCACUACCAUCGUCAUCAGCCCAGACCUCAGGCAUGUCGAGCUCGAGAUCGAGAAACAUCUCAAGGAGGAGCAAGGCCUCAAACUGGACACCGACCAACAACUCUGCCCCCAACAUCUACUCCAUCUCGCCUCGAUCAGCCAGCCAUCCUCCGCCGAGAACCACCAACCGCCCUGCCAGCUAGGCACCGACUGUCCCUUCCGUCAUGUCAGCCCAUCCGGCCUCAACUUCACCGCCCCUCCUGCCGGCUCAGCAGCAUCCAACCGGAACCACCACCCCCAUCAUCAUCACCACUCCUCCCACUCCAAAACGGUUUGCAAACAUUGGCUGCGCGGACUAUGCAAAAAGGGCAACUCGUGCGAAUUCUUGCACGAGUACAACCUCAGGACGAUGCCCGAAUGUUGGUUCUUUGGGAAAUACGGAUUCUGCAGUAACGGGGAUGAAUGCAUGUACUUACACGUCGAUGAACGGAUGAGAGUGCUCGAAUGUAUGGACUUCCGAAGAGGGUUCUGUCCCAAAGGUCCCGAAUGUUCAAAAAAACACAUCAGAAGGCCGAUCUGUCGAUUAUACAUGGCCGGAUUUUGUCCCUAUGAAAAAACCUGUCAGUUGGGUGGCCAUCCGAAGUUUGAGGUUGACCCAACCCCGAGGGGGAACCCGUACAUCAACUCCUUCAAUCCCUUCGAUCGGCCACGAGGAGAUCCCGAUCGACCGAUCUAUAACGGGCCAAUAUCCAUCAACAAAGGCCCGCUAGGAAUCAGCAAACACCAUCAUCAUCAUCAACAACAACAACAACAACAACAACAACAACAACAGCAGCAGCAGCAGCAGAUCAAUCCUCAACAACAACCCUCUCUCCCUCAACAUCCCAACCCGCAAGCUCAUAAUCCCCCGCUGAACCCUCAUUUGAUCCAACACCAAAUCAACCUCAAAACUAAUAACAUCCUUAACAACCAUCACCCACUCAACCCCCUCCUCCUCAACCCGCCCUCUUCAACUAACCCUCCGGCCCAGCAUCAUCCCAACCAACAUCUUAAUAACGAAGGUCUUCUGAAUGACGAACAUUGGGUUCAAACUGAUUCCGGACCACGGAAGAAGCGAAACUUGGACGAAGUCACCUGUUUUAAAUGUGGUCAAAGAGGUCAUUACGCAAACACAUGUCCUAAUCCAAUGGUCCCUGGUAAUAGAGGUGGCGUCGUCAGAGGUCCUGGAGGCCGGCUUCUGGGCGAAGAGGAUCUCUUGCCUGUCCUAUAA